UCUGUUUUGUUUCCGUCAGUGGUGGACAGCCUCUUCUACUGGAGGGAACGGUCCAGACAGCCGUAACAUUGGUUGAUUAGACCACUAGUCUACGUUAUCUACGCAUCGAUUGAAACGUCUAMARUCCUAUCUGUAUAGAUCUCUGCCUAGAGGUUGUUGUCCAGGACAGGCUUCUCCAGAGGAAGACCAGCAACAGUAGGACUUAAGAGGCAGUCUCAAAUCCAAAACAACAAAGUGAUCACCCCGCCACUUGUUUUGUUAAACAGUUCAAGAACUUAAGGACUUAAAUUGCGCCUGUAAGRGACUUCUCAGCGAUMGCAGACGGUGGAGAGAGAUAGGAAACGGGCAGAGGAGAGGGGGCUUGCGGUGCAGCCGGAGGUGAAGAUGGUGUMGUAUUAUGACAGUAUAAUGGAGGUAGCAGCUGUAAUUCUGAGAGGCUACGUUAUAGAGAGAUUCAGAGCAGAAGGGAUACAGCUGUCUCCUGAAGAGCUGGGUGGAACACCUAAUGAACUCCAGGGUCAUGUGUUAAAAGAGAUUGUGGAACAGCUACUGAAGACUACUGAGGCACUGAACACAAAUGCUGAGCUUCAACGCUUAAUGAGUGAAGUCCCGGUCUGUUCUAUCCAGGAUGUUUUCUUUGGAACAACCAAGGAGCUUUUCACAGGUGGAAUCAACUUGGGCAAAGUGGCAGCCCUUCAUCACCUGGCCUACAAGCUUAUUCACAGAGCACAUGCACAGAACCAACCCCAAGUCAUGGUUAACAUAAUCAACUGGACUCUACAGUUAAUCAGGGAAAACCUUCUCCCUUGGAUCAGUCAGGAAGUAUGGAAAGCGUCCCGAAAGGUGGCAUGGUGGUGCAGCGUGACGCUCCUGGCUUCACUGGCUUGUGCUGCAGCCAUAGCAUACUGGAGGAAGCAUCGCUGAGCUCUUUACAGGGAGAAGAAACCCAGAUAGACAAUAGAUAUAGAAAAUAUACUCUCCUUCUGUGGAGAAUACCAAGUUAACCCUAGUAGUAUAGUAUGUAGAUCAGGGGUCCUUUUCUAGCAUGAGAGCUAAAWWWAAAWAAAAAAWUAACAUGUCGUGAGCUACUCAUUGUUUUCUAGCUUUCAAAUAGGAACAUUCUUCUCUUCUCCUCUCCCUGCAACUCUUCCCCUCGUCCUUAGU